AGUCGGACAUUCUUGUUUUUAUUUUUUAUUUGCAAGUGUGAAUUUGCGAUGAAAACCUUCUCUAAACGCUCCAUAAUACGAUGGAAAGAUGAAUAACCACAACCAUUUCAACCACUUCAAUCACUAUAACAAAAGUAGACCAGAGGAGGUUGCACUGAAUGGCCACUACAUACCAAAUGAAAAUGGCCUCCACCAGGUGACAGUAACAAGCAAUGAACCAAUCAUCAACAAGCGAUUACCAAAAGAAUUACUACUUCGAAUAUUUUCCUAUCUAGAUGUGGUUACUUUAUGCCGAUGUGCACAGGUAUCUAAGUAUUGGAACCUGCUAGCACUGGAUGGCAGCAAUUGGCAGAAAAUUGACCUAUUUGACUUCCAGACUGAUGUUGAGGGCCCAGUUGUAGAAAACAUUGCCAAGCGAUGUGGUGGCUUUCUGAAGUCUCUCAGUUUACGGGGCUGUCAAAGUGUUACUGACCAUGCACUAAAAGUUUUCGCCCAACAAUGUCGGAACAUUGAAACAUUGAACCUGAAUGGUUGUAAGCAGAUAACUGAUGUGACAUGUGCUAGUCUUGGUCGCUACUGCAGUAGACUUCUAACCCUUGAUGUUGGAUCAUGUUCAUCUCUAUCUGACGAUUCCAUGCAAGCUAUAGGGUCAGGGUGCCCCAACCUAGAGACAGUUAACAUAUCGUGGUGUCGACUUAUUUCUGAUGAGGGGGUAGAGGCAUUGGCAAAAGGAUGUCGCAAAAUAAAAGUAUUCAUAUGUAAAGGAUGUCAGCAGAUCACAGAUGAGGGGAUCAUACAUGUGGCUGAGAAUUGCCCCAAACUCUCAACAUUAAACCUACAUAGUUGCAAUUCAAUGACAGAUGAGGCACUGCACAGUAUAGGGGAACACUGUCACCAGCUGCAGUCACUGUGUGUCAUGGGUUGUAGUCAUCUCACUGAUGGCUCACUUGUAUCUCUGGGCCAUGGAUGUCAUGAACUAAAAACUUUAGAGGUUGCAGGAUGUUCACAGUUUACUGAUAGCGGCUUCCAAGCUUUAGCGAGAAAUUGUCAUGUUUUGGAAAGAAUGGAUCUCGAAGAAUGUGUGCUAAUCACUGAUGCAACUCUUGUGCAUUUAGCCCUAAACUGUCAUAAAAUAAAUAAAUUGAGCCUUUCUCACUGUGAAUUAAUAACAGAUGAAGGAAUACGCCAUCUCGGAAUCAGUCCGUGUUCUACAGAAUGUCUCAGUGUUUUAGAACUGGACAAUUGUCCAUUGAUCACAGACGCAUCACUAGAACACUUAAUGGGGUGCCAGGGGCUGAAGCGAAUAGAACUCUAUGACUGUCAAUUGAUCACCAGGGCUGGUAUACGCAGACUAAGAAGUCACUUGCCAGAUAUCAAGGUCCAUGCAUACUUCGCCCCUGUCACCCCUCCCCCUUCAGUAGCCCCUGGUCGGCAGAGAUACUGUCGUUGUUGCAUCAUCAUAUAGGCUGUCAUGAUAGCACUGUUGCCAAAUGCACUUACAUUUAUGACACAACUGUUGCUGAAUAACAAAACGAGAUUUGAUGUCAUUAAGGUGCAGUGUUACCUUUGUAUGCCAUCUGAGGAAUUUGGAAUAUAAAAAUGGCACACUCAUACCUAGACACAGGACAAAGAUUGACACGUCCCUGUGUUGAGGAUUGAUCAUUUUGUGCUGGCACUUAUACUACCUAGGGGCUGACCAGUUAAUUUGUGUAUAUCCAGAUUCAUACAGUUAAUGUACAGCAUAAAUAUAAGCAGAGCUUUCGAUAGGCAUAUACCAGUUUUAGUUGCGAGUGUGGGAAAUGCGUAGAGUAUAUUAUGCCACCACUGCUUGCUGCAUUGUGUGCUGUUUGAGAUGUUGACCCAUGCUAAACUGUCAUGGUUGUCAUGCUUUAAAUGUGGAAAAGCCUAGAACUAGAGAGUAAGGCAUCAGAAUAAAAAACAUAACAAGGAAAAUGUAUCACAGCACUGGAUUACUGUAAAUUGCUUUAAUUUGA